AUGUCGAGCAAACGCCACUCAAUCCUACCCGCAAUUGACAGAUCCGGCCCCAAGCCACCAGUCAACUUUUCAUCUACCCUCAUUAUAUCCGACAAUGCCAUUCUCCAAGGCACACACUCUAUAACUAUGCAGGCUGAAACAGUGAUUCAUCCUCGCUGCCGCUUCGAGUCUAAUGAGGGUAGUGUUCUUAUUGGACGACGCUGUAUUGUGCACGAGCGCGCUCACAUCGGCGCUCGACCGGAAAACCCCGAAACCGCUGGCACCGGAGGUGUCGCCGUGGGUGACUACGUCCAGAUAGAGGUCGGUUCCAUAAUAGAGUCGGGCGGUACAGAAAUCGGCGAAGGCAGCUUAAUUCAAGUUGGAAGCAAGAUUGGCAGCGGCACAAAAAUCGGGGCGAACUGUACGAUAUCCCCAAUGUCCGUUGUUCCCGCCGGCAGCACAUUACCCGACUAUACUGUCGUCUACUCGAACGGCACGCAACGAACGGACCGACGCGACGCAUCCGAUCUAAGAAAACUAGGCAUGGUUAAGCAAAUAGCUGUCCUACGACACAUGAUACCGAGCAAUCCGGACAAGUUCAAGUGA